AUGGGAUCUCGCCGCUGCCGAAUCUGCCGAAUGGCACGCGUGGCACGCGCCGAUCUCGCCCGACUCGACCUAGGCGCGGAAGCUGCGCCACUUUUCGCGGAGCUGUCUGGAAGACUGCUGCGACCCAUAGAUAGGUUGAUAGAUGGAUGUGCGAGUUGCGCCCCGGAGAAAUGUGAGGUGCAAUACAUGGACACAGGAGUGAUGAGCGGCGCUCCGUCGCCCAACAACUGUGAGGUGCGUUGUAACGCAGAGUUGGAGGAAGGCAAAGCAUCACCAGGAGCUCAAAUGAGUCUCGACUAUGGAGAGGUCGAAGAAAGUGACACGUCCAAGCAACUUCUUCGUGGAUACCUGCAGGGGGCUUAUUUGACCAUUGCCGCAGGCAUCAUCAUCACAUGUUACUACUUCCACCUCUUCGACCCUAUGAGUGAUUUGGGCGUACCUUCACCAUUGCAAUGCAGAAGCAGCUUUUUGAGAUACAAUACCGAAAUUGGAGGCAUGGAUUGCGGCCUGUGGGGCCAAGAGUGCCUCCCUUCAAACGAAUGGAUGCCCAUUCGAUGCCCCGCCCUUUGCGGUUACGGCCUGAAUGAUCCCAUUGACACCCGUGUCAUUGGCAGUUCCAUCUAUCGCGCGGAUUCGCGACUCUGCUUGGCAGCGUGGCAUGCCGGCUUCAUCAAGUGGGGUGGCGGCUGCGUGGACGUGCGCAUCACAGAUGGCCGAAGCACUUUUGAGGCGGAGAGGAAGAACGGCAUA